UAUAGAGAGAGAAACGCAUAUCGUUGACUCUCCCCCUUUUUCACUCUCUUCAUUUAUUCUUCCCCUCAUCAUCAUCAUCAUCUUCUUCUUUAACCAAAAACACAACUUACAAGAAAACUGUUGAAUCUUUGUAUUUAUUUACAUCUCCUUUGACCUUUAAUAAGAAUCUGAGUGGUUGGUCUCUGAUUUGAUGAGAUGACUGUUGAGCUGAUGAUGAGCAGCUACAGCGGCGGCGGAGGAGGAGGUGAUGGUUUUCCUGCAAUCGCCGCGGCGGCGAAAAUGGAAGAUACCGCUUUGAGAGAAGCUGCUUCUGCAGGGAUUCACGGUGUGGAGGAGUUUCUUAAACUGAUCGGUCAAAGUCAACAACCAACGGAGAAGAGUCAGACGGAGAUAACCGCGGUGACUGACGUCGCCGUUAACAGCUUCAAGAAGGUCAUUUCUCUACUCGGUAGAUCUAGAACCGGACACGCUAGAUUCAGACGAGCUCCCGCGUCAACGCAAACGCCGUUUAAGCAAACGCCGGUGGUUGAGGAGGAGGUGGAGGUGGAGGAGAAGAAGCCAGAAACAAGCUCCGUGUUAACAAAACAGAAAACAGAGCAAUAUCACGGUGGUGGAUCUGCGUUUAGAGUUUAUUGUCCAACACCAAUUCAUCGUCGUCCUCCUCUAUCACACAAUAACAACAACAAUCAGAAUCAAACAAAGAACGGUUCGUCUUCUUCAUCUCCUCCGAUGCUCGCAAACGGAGCACCGUCAACGAUAAACUUUGCGCCGUCACCACCAGUCUCAGCGACGAACUCAUUCAUGUCUUCUCAUAGAUGUGACACCGAUAGUACUCACAUGUCAUCAGGAUUCGAGUUCACUAACCCAUCUCAGCUCUCUGGUUCGAGAGGUAAACCUCCUUUAUCAUCAGCUUCGUUGAAGAGAAGAUGUAAUUCAUCUCCCUCAAGCCGUUGCCAUUGCUCCAAGAAAAGGAAAUCAAGAGUAAAAAGAGUGAUUAGAGUUCCAGCAGUAAGUAGCAAAAUGGCUGAUAUACCAUCAGAUGAGUUUUCAUGGAGAAAAUAUGGUCAAAAACCAAUCAAAGGCUCUCCUCAUCCUCGGUAAUUAUUUUUUACAUUUUUUACCAUCGAUAUAUAUACUCUACACAUACAUCACAAUCACUCACUAGAUUCAACACCAAAAAUCAAAUAUUGGCUAGAAAAUUAAGCAACUUGUGUAUUGUCAAUAUUAGUACCAGAGAGAUUGUCAAUAUUGUUUUUUUCUAUAUCGGUUGUACCAAACAUGUUGUCUAGUAGUACAGUAGUGGGUUCAGUUUCACGCUCUUUUUGACUUGUUGUUUCCUAUAGAAUAAAUUUGAAAUAGAAAGCCGAGAGUUAAGUUGACUAUUUCUUUUCUCAUUAAUUAAUAAGAACUCGAACUAACUGGGGAGGACUCGGUGUAAUGGUUAUGACAGGGGAUAUUACAAGUGCAGCAGUGUAAGAGGUUGUCCGGCGCGUAAGCAUGUGGAGCGUGCACUAGAUGAUGCGAUGAUGCUAAUCGUGACGUACGAAGGAGACCACAACCAUGCUUUGGUUCUCGAGACGACGACGAUGAAUCAUGACAAAACUCUUUAGUUUCUCGAGUUUGAGGGGAACUGUCUGUGUGUGACCACUAUCCAGAUUAGUCAACGACAGAGUGGGCCCGCACUGCACUUUUUUAUUCUUUUCUUUUUGAAAAGCUUUUGCUUUAUCUUUCUUUUUGAUUGGAGGAAAUAGAGGGAGGGGAGAUAAAGACGAGAGAGGAACGUUGUGGAUCUUGAUGGAAGUUGAAUCAUGUGAAUGUCCUUUUCUGUUUAUUUAUUUCUAGGAUAAUAUAUAUUUAGUGCACUAUUUUUGUCAAAUCUCUGAUUCUUUUCUUACUUGCAGAACUAUUUGAGUUUUUAGGGAAAUUAUCAGUUAAUUUAGAUUCAAC